CAUACACACACGCACUCACACAUUUGUUGAUAAACCGGAUUAUUUCUUCAUAUCCCUCAUACCUAAACAUUUUGUACGGUUGAUGAACGUCAGCCGAAUACAUCGAUGAGUUUCGAAAAAUUCAAACACAAUUAUGAAGCGCUCUACACACUCCUAACACAGGUGUGUGUGUAUUGAGUACUUUGUAUUUUUGCACGCAAACAUAAACGAACAAAUAAUAACAUUAUAUACAUAUAUUAUAAUAUAUUAUAAUAUAUUUAUAUGUACAUAUUCAUAGCAGUAUAUUCUGCAAUAAAGGUGUUUUCUCCUUGUAUCCGAUCCAUUAAUUAUAUAAAUUGAUGAUUUGUAAAUUAAUUAUUUAUAAAUAUUAUAAUUCGAUGAGAAUUGCUGGAAUUAUAUUUGAAGGAGUUUUAAAGAAGACUGAAAGAAUUUCGUGUGCCAUUUAAUAAAUCUCUUUGAAGGCCGCUGGACUUACCUAUUUGCAGUUUGUUUGUGCAAAGCUUUAUGAAAACGAGGCUAGCGGAAACUUCUGCCUGACAAGUGAGCCAUUUUAAAUAUUCUCUUCUAUUUCUGGGUAUAUUACUGGACUUAUAUCUCUCGCUUUACCUGUACAGUGAUAUUUUGUCUCUCAGUGACAUCUAACCCUAACAUGUCUGAAAAGGAAGAACUGAAAGAUCAGUGGGGAUACUCCACGUGAAAACCUUAUUUCCUAACGAAAAAAAAAAAGGAAAAUCAAAGGAACAGAAAAAAAGAAAACUAAAAAAGAUUGUUCAUCUUUGGUUACACAAGGAUUAUAUAUAUAUAUUUAUAUAUAUGAGAAACAACGAUAAGAAAACAUUCAAAGUGGAGUUGAAUCUCGACUUCAUAUAAUUUGUAAAAGAAAAUAAUUCCUAGUGAGAAACCAUUAAUUUAAAAGAAAGUGAAAAAAAAACGAAAAAAAAACGAUUGCUUAUUGAAAGAAAAAUACGAAAAUGCGGGGACCAAUUAAUCCAAUGCGGGGUGCGGUUACCCCGGUUCAUUUACGACCGGGGGCCCCACAUUUAGGUAUGCAUGGAGGCAUGCCCCAACCAGGAGUUAAUGUUAUUGGUGGAAGUUUCGCUGUACCUCUCGGCUAUUCUCCCAACCAUUCACCUAUCAGAAGGCCCCGUUCUAUGUUUAAAAGUGAUUAUUGCUCAACUCGAAAAUUUCUCUUCUUUUUCAUCUCUCUUGUCGUCGACUGUAUUGAUAUCGGUGCUAACUGGUGGAUUUACCAAGUUGUUCGAGACCAUAAGGUCGGUCUAGUUUUCGGAACUUUCAGUGAAAAUAUUGUCUUGUCUUUUUACGCCUUCUCCAUCAUCGGGACAAUUCUAUCCAUUCUGGAAUGUCUCAAUCUGCUAUCGUUUUCUUGUAAGUGGUAUUUCAUUAAUCCAGAUAUAGCCCUCGCUCUAACUCUUUGGCUCGAAGACAUCCCACAGCUGGGGCUGAACGUAUCUCUAGUUUAUUGCAGAGAACGACCAGUAUCACGGGCACAGUUUACAAGAGCAGUCUGUGGAAUUAUUGUCGUCAUUUUCAAGCUUCUUGUCGUUUUGUCCCGCCAUUGUGCCUGUUGUGGAAAAAAAUUCUUAAAGUACUCCCACACAGACAUAAAUGAGAGGUGUCAAUGGCGUGGCCGUUUACUAUCCAGUGUCGUUCUAGUUGGUUUCGCCUUGGCUUUAGCGGAAGCAUCCUAUGUAUUCAAGUACACGAAAUACAACGAAGACAACUUCAGUGAAACACCGUUGAAUAUUCCAAAACCAAUCAUUGACGGGAGAUGGGACGCCGAUCGAUAUUUCUCCGAUGUAAGUGUAUAUUUUAGUCCACCUCCUUUUCACCCUCACACUAAAAUGGCAACCCAGCCGCACAGUGAAUGGAUUCGGAUAGGCACCAUAUAUGAAUUUAUGAGCUCCAAAAGUAUUAACUUUGAUUACUCCUUUACUGAUGCCGGUCCCAAUGGUGAACCUGCAACUUUGGCUUUUAAACAGGGUUUUCGUUCAGAAUGUUACAUUGUUGAACCGUACACAAUGAAUUUUAAUUGGUCAGAUAUGUGUCUAGAAAGGGUUAACGAGACUAUACACAGCGUCCAUUUCGUGUUCAAGUAUCAUAUGGAUGCCUUUACCACCAUGGGACAAAUAUAUUACAAUUAUGCUUUUUGUGAAGCCCCUCGAUUUGGGGCCCGUAAGACAAAAUCUUCGAGACAGUUUCGAAUUCGACCGUUUUACUUUCAGACCCAAACAAGGAGUAAAUGGUCGUCCUUUUUAGCAUCACGCAAAUCACGUGUUCCUAAAUGGAUCUUUUAUGACCGAUACAUACACAUGAUGCAAGAUGUGAACGAUAUUUGGCGCACAGGGUACCACAACUGCCUUCCAACCGGAACAACUGCUCCAGUGUUAGAUCAGUCACUAAGGCUAAACUGUACAGAGAUCUUAUAAAGUUUAUCAACAAGGACAACCUCAGCAAAAACAGCGACUAUAACUACCGAAAGAAGAAAAACGACGAAAGAUCAUAUAUAUAUAUAAUAUGGUUAUGGGGAAAAGAGGACUGCAUUUGAUAUUUAUUGGAUUAAUCAGAAAUAAAAUGGUGCUGUUUAGAAACGAAUCGAAAUGCAAAAGAGUUAUUCGCAAUUUGAGGUUAUUGAAGUGAUUGCCUUGGAAGGAAUAAUAUUUAUGUCAUGGCAAUUGAAGUUGAAAACCAGUUGCAGAUAAAUCAUCAUCAUGGUUAUAAUCAAACCAAUUAAUGUUAUAUGCCAGUACAUAUAUAUAUAUAUAUAUGUAUUGUAUGUAUAUAUAUGUAUGUAUAUAUGUAUAAGUGAGACAGCUGAUGCGAUAGUUAAAUAAAAAAACGAUGUAUGAUCACUGUUAGCACCGACUACAAUAUCGAUGAAAAUCGAUAUUUAUUGAAAGUUGAGUCGCGGUCUUUGAAUCGCUUCGAUUGUACUUUGAAAGGUAAAUAUUUUUGCAAUAUAUAUAUAUAUAUAAUAUAU